GUUGCGGGCGUUCGUCGCCGUGUCCUUCGAUCUUUGAUGGUCAUAUAUAUGCAGUGCGUUCGAAAGACGCUGGAUGCGGAUCACAAUGAGAUGAGUCGUGACCGCCCGUCAGCUCCAGAAUGUAACUGGUCGGACGUCCGUCGUGGGUUCGGCCUACUCUACUUGUGGGGAACUGUCGGGAAAGACUUGCUGGAUGCGCUUCUGACUUAGUCCUGGAACAGCGUUAGGGAGAUUCCUUUCUUAAAUGGAAUUUAUAAGAGGUGAUUGUGUAGCUAGAAGGUAAGAGGGUCGGAGACGAUCGGUAGAAUAAGCAGUGUCCUCGACAAACUUCUAGCAUUUCUGAGUCAUUACGACAAUUUCGAAGGAUGUGUUAACGUUGACAGAUCGUCGCGGAAAGCAGUCCAAGUUGGUGUUUGCCGUUUCCUCAACUUGGUAGAUGAUAUCCAGAGAAUCUGCAGGGAAAUUACAUAGCGAACGUAUUACCUUCAAGGAUUGGUGCAGCUCUUGCAAGGUCGUGAAAU